CUAGGCAGGUCAGGAUUGCUUUCUGUGCCCAGCUGCAUAUAGCCGUAUAGCCCGCUCGUUCCUAGCUCCAUAGCUCCAUUCAGGCGAUCCAUCUUUGAGUGUUGCACGAGGGCUUGUUCUGCGUUCGUGGUUCGCAAAACAGUGAGUGAAACGAGAAACAUGCUCUUCUGCUGAUCGCGGUACAAGCUCACAGCGUCUGCGCAAGUGAAGGGUCUGCUCAUACUUACCGCACCCACGAUGCAGCUGCACCUGCACGUGGACCAGUCUCCGUGGACAAUUUGCUUUAGACUCAAAGCUCGGCGAGCGCUUCAAAUGAAACGACGUAAAAGGGUGGGAGGGUUAGAUGGCCCGGUCGGACUGCUCAGGCCUCGUUGUUGUCUGCUUCGGCCACGCUCUAGCACAGCCUACUGAGUGGACGUGAAAUGCAGAAGAGCGCUCUGCGCCAAUUACGCAGCGGCGUACAUCUUUUGCUCAGGAGAUGACUGAUUUUCAUCCAGGAUUUGCAGAUGGGAUGCUAGCACAUGCGAAUUGCAGCCAUCUCCAUCGUCGGAAAGGUGACACCAAUCAAAAUGGAAGAACGAAGGUGCGGGUCCGCGAGGCGCGGCCCGUGUCUUACCUCUGCCUGCUUCUCUUGAUUGCGCGCGCGUGGACGGCGGAUCUUUACCGUCUAUAGCUACACACAGCCGCAGUGCUCGCAUGGACCAAAGUGUUCCGUCUUCCGUUCAGUCACGAGUCUCAAACACCGCAGAGGCGUACAUAGCACGCCCCGCGAACGAACAGAUUCGUCGUGAGUUCAAAGAUAAAGAGGCCAGCAGCAUAUAUGUGCCUCGAUCACCUUCGAGCUGCGCGCAGCAUCAGCAAUCGUGAGUCCCAACCGCGAAUUUUCGCGAAUCGUGAUGGUCAAUUCUGAUUCGCAGUUUUGAAUCAUGCAUUUCACUGGUGUGGAAUCGCUCUGAAUACUUACUUGACUUGGAUUCGCGCCGAACACGCCGUUGUAGUCGUGACGAAUUGGUAGAAGUCGCGUGGAACUUCAGGCUUCACGAAGGGCGAUCCGGAACGACGCUUUGGCAGUCUUUCUUCUCAGCUAGGGUCCUCUCGAAGCGGGCUUCGUUCGCGAAGCUCAGAGGCAAGAGGAUGGCGGACUUGUGGGUAUCUGUCCCUGGCUACUGUACGUCUCAGCAGGAUGCAGCAAACGCGAAAGGUGCUAGCUGGUACACUCACGACUGUAUCACGAGCUGCAGAGCUGCAAGUGAUGAUCGAGGAAUACAGGCAGGCGGCAGGGGCCAAUCCAGCUCUUCUCCUAUUCUUACGAACACCGAUGCCCUCACUCACGAUCGGUGACUCGCUGACUCUACAAGAUGAUGUAUGUAUCGCUCAUACAAGCACGGACCACUCGGGUCAUGAGAAUCGAGUACAACUAACUCAAGACUCA